AUGUCGCAGCUAAGUAAGAAUUUGGGUGAUUCCAGUCCCCCGGCGGAGGCUCCUAAGCCUCCGGUCUAUAGCCGCCCUACGGUUCUGAUGCGGGCUCCGCCCGCCUCCUCCCGGGCUCCGCCGGUCCCCUGGGACCCACCUCCGAUUGAUUUGCAGGCGUCCCUGGCCGCUUGGCAGGCACCGCAGCCUGCCUGGGAGGGCCCGCAGGGCCAGCCGCCUGCCCCGGUGGCUGCGAUGGCCCAGCCUCCGGCCCUGGGGGGCCCGCUGGUCCCGGGUCCCCCUCUGGGAGGUCCGCUGGGCAAGCCCCCGACUCCCGGGGUCCUGAUGAUCCAUCCUCCCCCUCCGGGAGCCCCGAUGGCGCAGCCUCCGACUCCGGGGGUCCUGAUGAUGCAUCCUUCGGCUCCCGGGGGCCCCCUGGCCCAUCCUCCCCCUCCGGGGACCCCGAUGGCCCAUCCUCCUCCUCCCGGGACCCCGAUGGCGCAUCCUCCUCCUCCCGGGACCCCGAUGGCGCAUCCUCCUCCUCCUCCCGGGACCCCGAUGGCGCAUCCUCCCCCUCCGGGGACCCCGAUGGUGCAUCCUCCCCCUCCGGGGACACCGAUGGCCCAUCCUGCCCCUCCGGGGACACCGAUGGCCCAGCCUGCAGCUCCGGGAGUCCUGAUGGCCCAGCCUCUGACUCCGGGUGUCCUGAUGGUCCAACCUACUGCUCCGGGAGCCCCAAUGGCCCAGCCUCCGCCCCCGGCAGCCCUGAUUGCACAGCCUCCACCUCCGGGAGCCCCGAUGGCCAAGCCUCCAGGUCCCGGAGUCCUGAUGAUUCAUCCUUCGGGUUCGAGAGCUCCACUCAACCAGCCUGCAGCGUCACCAGCCCCGAUGGCACAGCCAGCAGCCCCACCUGCGCAGCCCCUGGCAUCUUGGGCCCCACAGGCUCAGCCUCUGAUUCUGCAAAUCCAGUCUCAGGUUAUAAGGGCUCCUCCGCAGGUUCCCCAGGGCCCGCAGGCACCGCCAGCACAGCUGGCCACACCCCCGGGUUGGCAGGCCACCUCGCCGGGAUGGCAGGCCCCUGCCCAAGGCUGGCAGGCCACGCCCCUGGCCUGGCAGGCCACGCAGGUCACCUGGCAGGCUCCAACAAUUGCCUGGCAGGCGCAGCCACCGGUGCGUCAGGGUCCACCACCCAUUCGCCCCGGCCCGCCGCCCAUCCGACCCGGGCCCCCACCAGUGCGCCAGGGGCCACCCCCGAUCCGCCAGGCACCGCCGCUGAUCCGACAGGCUCCGCCGCCCAUCCGGCCUGCCCCGCAGGUCCUGACCACUCCACCUCCGCUCUGGCAGGCCCUGCCGCCCCCACCACCUCUGCGCCAGGCCCCUCAGGCUCGGCUGCCCACCCCACAGCUGCGGGCAGCCCCCCAGAUGCGGGCGGCCCCGCAGGUAAGGGCGACCCCACAGGUGCGAAUGGCCCCGCAGGUGCCCACGGCCCCGCCAGCCACGCAGGUGCCCACAGCACCUCCCGCCGGUCCACAGGUGCCCCAGCCCGCGCUGCCGGCUCCUCUGCCGGCACCCCUGUCGGCACCCCAGGCUGUGCACUGCCCGCCCAUCAUCUGGCAGGCCCCCAAAGGCCAAGCCCCGGUGCCACACGAGAUGCCAGCUUCAAUGGAGUUCCAGGAAGUGCAGCAAGCCCAGGCGCUGGCCUGGCAGGCCCCCAAGGCCCCUGGGCACUUCUGGCAGCCCCUGCCUGCCCAGGAGGCUCAGCGGCAGGGCCCAUCGCUGGUGCAAGUGGAGCAGCCCUUUCAGGGGGUCCCAGCCUCCCAAAAGGCGCUGCAAAUCCAGCUACCCCCCCAGCAGGCCCAGCCCUCGGGUCCGCAAGCAGAGCUGCCCACCAUGCAACUGCAGCCCUCCUGGCAGAGCCCCCCUGCCGCCCUGCAGGGCCAGCCCGGAGCCCCCUUAGCGGCGGCAAAUUUUCCCAUGGGCUCUGCCAAAUCACUGAUGACUCCAUCAGGAGAACCCAGGGCCUCUUCGAUAGACCGUAGGACCUCGUCCAAGGAGCGCCGCACCUCUUCCAAAGAGCGCAGGGCUCCGUCCAAGGACCGCAUGAUCUUCGCCGCCACUUUCUGUGCCCCCAGGGUCAUGUCAGCGGCCCGAGCCCACCUGCCGCCCGCCUGGAAGAACUUGCCUGCCACACCAGACACCUACACUGCCACCCCAAGGGCCUUUCCAGCUACCUCCCAGUUCCAGCCUGCCUCUUCUAACGCCUUCAAGGGCCCGCCUGCCUUCUCCGAGACCCCGAAGUCACUGCCACUGGCCCUGAAGGAUCCCUUUGCGUAUGGGGAGGCCCCGCCUUCGGUCCCAUGGGUUCCCCAGCCCCAUGUGAAUGCUCCCAGGGUGUCCAAGGCAGGGCCCGCCAUGCUGAUGGCAGCAGCAGCUGCCCCCCAGGCGAUGGCCGCCGCUCAAGAAGUCUCGAAGACCCCCAACGAGCCUCCGCGUCGCGGCAAAGCCACCCGGAAGAAGAAGCAUCUGAACACCGAAGAGGACGGCAGCGGCCGGAUGCUGGCCCUGCGCGACUGGCAGGCCCCAAGGCCCUGGGAAAAUGUGAACUUUAAUGACUGGGAGGUUCAAAACCCUCUCCAGGUGCUGGGUGACUGGGAGGACCCAAACACCUCCUAUGAUCUGAGUGGCUGGGAGGGCCCCAGUACCUCCAGGAUCCUGAGUGGCUGGGAGGGCCCUGGCACAUCUUGGGCCCUGAGUGCCUGGGAGGGUCCUAGCACCUCCAGGGCCCUGGGUCUCUGGGAAAGCCUGGGUAGCCCUCAGCCUCUGAUGCUCUCUGAGAUCCCCGGCCUCUCUCUGGGAUUUGGCACCAGCCAGGAUGAGCCCAAGUUGGAGACUCAGCCGUUGUCUCCCUUGGACGAGAGGGCAAAUGCUUUGGUGCAGUUUCUCUUGGUCAAGGACCGAGCCAAAGUGCCCAUCAAGCGCUCGGAGAUGGUGAAAUUCAUCAUCCGUGAAUAUAAAGACGAGUGCUUAGAAAUAAUCAAACGUGCCAACAAUAAGCUCGAGUGUGUCUUUGGUUAUCAAUUGAAGGAAAUUGAUCCCCAAACUCACUCUUACAUUAUCAUCAACAAGCUGGGGGGCUAUCAGGGUGCGCCAGUGGCGCCCUACUUUGACACCCCCAAAUUCGGCCUCUUGAUGGUGGUCCUGAGCCUCAUCUUCAUGAAAGGCAAUUGUGUUGGGGAGGACCUGAUCUUUAACUUUCUGUACAAGCUAGGGGUGGAUGUCCGGGAGACCCACGGUCUCUUUGGAAACACAAAGAAGCUCAUCACUGAAGUGUUUGUGAGGCAGAAGUACCUAGAGUACAGGCAAGUCCCCAAUACUGAUCCAGCAGAACACGAGUUCCUGUGGGGCCCCCGAGCAUUCUUGGAAACGAGCAAGAUGCUAGUGCUCAAGUUUUUGGCCAGGCUCCAUAAGAAAGAUCCCCGGUGCUGGCCGUUCCAAUACUUUGAAGCCCUGGCAGAAUGUGAGUCCGAAGAUGCGGACAAGGAUGAGCCCGGACCCGAUGAUAAAGCUGAGGGUCCCCCCAGCAGCCCCCCUCCCCGCUAAUGAGAUUUAACAAAUAUUUCCGUCCCUUUGUGUCCCCGGCCAAAGGCCACUGACAGGGUUGUGUGUGUGUGCGCGUGU